AUGUCCUAUCCGCCACCACCAGGUCUUAAAUCUACUCCUUCGCCCCAUCCCUCCUUACCCGCUCGACCACCUCCAUCCGCGAAUCCACAAACAGGUUUCAAACCCGCCUUUAGCAAUAAUGGUGCCUCGAGAACCCCUGCACCUGGAGGAUAUGGUGGCUUUACUGGCUUUGCUCCUAGAUCGGUAGCUGCCCCGGCACAACCAAGUUAUCAAGCUUAUCAACAACCUUCCGCUGCUUACCAACAAGCUCAACCAUAUAAUCCAUAUUCCAAUGCACCACAGCAAGAAGCUGCAUAUGGAGCUGCACCACAAAUUCGAAAUCCUUUUGCGCCACCCACAGCCGCUGCAGGACGUGGUAUAGGUGGAUAUGAUGAAGAUCCAGAGAUGGCAGCACAAAUAGCACAAUGGCAAAGCGCAUAUGCUGGAAAGGAUGCAAAUACGACCUCUACCUCUAAUAGUGGAUACACUGGGGCUGUUCGAAAAUACCCAACAAUUGGAGAAGGACUCACAUCAGCAUCAAAUGCAAAUGCGACACCAUUAGGUAGAACCGAGGCUGGACCAAAUAUGACUUCACAAGCAAUUACGAAUGCCGCUCACAAUGAUACCGGUGUUGCAGCAAUUGUAUCGGAUUCCAAAACCAAUCAAAAGACAGUUGUACGAACAGGUGGUGGUACACAAUGGACAGAUUCCUCUCUUCUUGAAUGGGAUCCUUCUCAUUUUCGCCUUUUCGUUGGUAAUCUUGCUGGUGAAGUUACUGAUGAAUCUUUACACAAGGCAUUUUCACGUUGGUCAUCUUUACAAAAAGCAAGAGUUAUUCGAGAUAAACGUACUACGAAAAGUAAAGGUUAUGGAUUUGUUAGUUUUAGUGAUGGAGAUGAUUUCUUUCAAGCUGCUAGGGAUAUGCAAGGAAAAUAUAUUGGUAGUCAUCCUGUUCUUUUAAGAAGAAGUACUACUGAGAUCAAGGCUGUUACACCAAAGGAUAACAAGCAUGGAAAGAAUAAUAAGAAUAAGGGUAAAGGUGGUAACAGGCAUGAUGGGGGACAAAAUAAUAGAGAUAAGACUGGAGCUGGUGUUCAAAAGGCUGGAAGUAAAACCAAGGGUGGCUUGAAGGUUUUGGGAUAA